GAAAGUUGCGAGUAGACAACACAAACCGGAAGUGGGCUGUGGAAGGCAGAUUUGAGGCUUCUGGAGCUGUUCCUCGUGCGUUUCUGAGGGGAAGAUGGGCGAGGAAGAGGAGAAGAGGAAGCCGCCGUCUCUGCAGAUGGUACGAACUGAAGGCUCAGAUAAGAGCUGUGUCACCUUUGUGCUCCACAAUGAGGACCACACUCUUGGCAACUCCCUCCGGUACAUGAUCAUGAAAGACCCUGAAGUAGAGUUCUGUGGUUAUAGUAUCACGCAUCCUUCUGAAAGCAAAAUCAACUUCCGCAUUCAGACCAAAGGAGGCAUUCCUGCGGCUGAAAUGUUCCAAAAGGGGCUGGAGGAGCUCGUCGGUGUGUGCCAGCAUGUAUUAAGCACAUUUGAGGCAAGUGUGGAAGAAUACAAGACCCAGAUGGAUACGAGUAUGGAGUAACCACUAUGCAAUGCCUCAAUGGACAUCACUGUACAUAUACUGCUUUGGGACUGAUUUCUGGGAAAUAUUUUUGUUUUAUUUAAUAUAUAUUGAGGUACUUUUCUAAUAAAUACUGGAAAAUUC